CUCGGUUUCUGCCGCAGACGUUCUUUGCAAGCCGUAUCCGCCGCCGGGCCAUGAACGAGUCGGUGGUGGUGCCCCGUGGGGGAGAGCAGCAGCCCGUGAACUCGUUCGCGGACUUCCAGCGCAAUUGCUACCUCCUGGAGAAUGUACUCGGUGACCCGACGACAGAUCCGCUGCCGAGCUUGCACACACUGUGGACGUGGAUCGACUGGGUAAACCGUGGUCAAGGCACACCCAAGCACGACGCACAUCUCUUUGCGGUAUGCCUUCCCCGUGUUGCGAAUGGUUUGUUGCGGCGCAGCUUCAACUUGUUCCCGGACCACCACGACAUUCCGCCACAGAUCCUGCACUUUCUCAAGGAGUACGUCAGGUUUGUCGUCCAGCGCAUGCAGCCUGGGACGGAACUCUUUCCAACGUACUUGGACGCGAUCCACAACAUUUUGAACCCGAGUCACCUCUUUUAUCAAUGCCAUGGCCUUUCUGCAUCGCCCAUUUCCGAAAUCGACAACGACGAUUCGUCGAGCACCACUCUAUUCGAGUUGCCAAGUGAAGGCGCUAUUGGCACGAUUGUCGACGCAUACCGGCCGAACCAUCGCACGUGGUACGAAGCAGUGAUCAUGAACUACGAAGCAGCCCAAAACCGAGUGUAUGUGGGCUUUUUUGGACAUGACAGUGACGGCGACGGAUGGAUCUCCCUCGACAGCUCGGACAUUGCACGACGUGGGAGCAUGGCUGGGGGACGUCGGGGCCAAGGUCCGAUUCGUGUUGAUUUGGACGAAACUAUUCCAGACGAAGCCGAUCCAUCGUCGGCGUAUGUGCAUUGGACAGGCAUGUCGACGUCGUCGAUUCCGCUAGCAAUCCCUCGAGCGCGUGUGCCUGUUUCGCAUUUCUUCAUCGACCUCGUGAAUGCGUUUGGGUGUGUCGGUGGGUUUCAUAUCCUGCCAAUGCUCAGCACGUCCCCCAACGACGCGUCGUCUUCGACCGUGUCGAUUGCCGUGGCCACAACGUCCCUCUCGCUCGUUGCGAACGUUGUGCCGUGGCUCACUCGGCCGUGGGCAACUGCCAUUGUGUCGCAGUGCAAUACCUGGAUCCAGAAGCACAUGAAUUUCCUGGAGCUUCGACCGGUGACCAAGCCCAUGCUGGACACGCUGUAUGUGUCCGUGAAGAACUUGAAUCGACGGCUCCAUUCUCGCCACGACGCGUCCGAGAUCGCGGACGCGGUGCUCUUGCAAGUGUGCUUGCAAUGCUUGAACAGUUCGGUGUUGGAGAUUCGCUUGCAUGGCCUCAAGUGCCUCACGGACUUUAUCUCCAUGAUCCGCCAAGCCCAGAUUCAUCCAUUUGGUGUCAAGUUUGUCCAGUCGUUUGGUCCCAAGCACGCGCCUGUGUUUGGUUCGACGACGGUAAUCCAUGUCAACAUCACCGAGUCGACAACCAAGGCCGACUUUGCCGCGUGGUGCGCGCAUCACCGCGUGCUCCAUAUCCUGUGCGACUCGCACGAACAAUUGAUUCGCCGGUCGUCCGAGCUCCUGCGCUUCCUGUGUGAUGCCAACGCGUUCGACUUGGCGUCGUUGCAUGUGAUCUGGCAGGCGAUUUUGUCGAAUGGCCCAGACAUGCGCGCGAGUUUGUUUUACGUUCUCGAGUCGCUUGCAUCGUACAUGACGGUCCCGGUGUGCACGGCGCUCUUGGACUUGGUUGCCAACCACUUUGGCGUCACAAGCAUCCACGUGCUGGGGCUCCUGGGGGCGCUGGCAAAAUAUGCCCCCCUCGACAGCGUCGAUGACGACGAUGACGACAUGCAAGUCGCGACGGGGGGCAGUGGCUUCUUUGCGUCGCCCAACCCGUUCGUUGUCCGCUGCUCGUGCCGCCACACGGCGCUGCAACUCCUCUGGUCCACCAUGCAGGACACGUCCGACCCGAGCAAGCGCGCGCUGUUUGACCAUGCCAAGUUGCAAUUCCAAGACGCGAUCAAGGCCAACGUGGACGAAGACUACGAGGAAGAAGGGCAGUGGAACCCGGUCGUGAUGGGGUGUGUAUCGUACCUCCUCGAACUCGUGGUCGAGAGUCUCCGGAGCCACUCGAACGUCCCGCAAGCGUUUGGCAUCGUCGGGUACGUGUUGCAGCUGUUUGAAGAUUCGACAAGCUCGACAAAACGAACGACGAUUGCGGCCGUGUUGGAGGCCCAGGGGAUGCUCCAACUCGUGCUGGAGGACCUCGUCCAGUUCAAGACGGUGUAUGCCCCGUUCCACGGCAUCCCGUAUCACGUGGAUGCGUCGUCGGACUCGGCCGUUCUCGCGGCCGUAAACGCCGACUUGCUGGCCCACGGCAGCCACGUCGACUUUGUCGAUCAUGUGAAAACCCGACUUGGAUUUCUCUCGCUCUGGCUCAACAUCCAGCCGACGCUCGCGUGGUCGUUUGCCCAGCUCCAAUUGAUGUGGACCGCUCUCAACGCCAAGGCGACACUGACGACGGAGCGCACGAUGUUUUUCAAGUGGCUCACGACCAAUGCGUUGCACUGGGACGUGCAGAAUGUGACGUUUGUGUUUGAAAUGCUGCUGGGCGCGGACGCGUUUUUGACGAGCCCGGCGCUGACUCCGCUGAGCCUACAGUGCUUUCUGUGCUACUUUCGCCUGGUGAACCACCACCGCCAGCUCCUCACGCUCGACAACGUCGCGACCGUCAACACGCAAAACCAGUUUACGAUUCACGCGCUGCCCUUGCUUGGCAUGCCGACGCUGUGGACGAUUCUGUUGCGUGGGUCGUCGAGCGUUGUGUUUGUCCAAACGAUGAAAUUCGUCACCCUCCUCCCGUUCAAACUCGACCCGACCCUCGAGCCGCUCAACUUGCUCGCCGACGGCCUCGAUUACUUGGAGUCGGCCGACGCGACCGCACGCAGCCGGUGCGUCACAGUCUUGGCCAGUAUCAUUGGAACCGACGAAGCGUCUGCAUCCGCGCUUGCAACGGGUCAAUGGGUUCCCCACGGCAAGGCGUCUCGCGGCGCGCCUCUCCACUUGACCGUGAACAACAGCAUCAAGUUGACUGCUACCAGUGGCCAGCGCCUGCCCCUGCAAGUAUACGCGCAUGACACAGUGCUCGAGAUGCAAGUGGCUGUGGCGCGCAUGGUCGACAGUGUCCCGCUGUCCACGAAAGGCCUUCGUUUCUUCCGCAUGGGGAGUGAAAUCCACGAACUCAGUCGAUGCACGACCCUCGUCGAAGCCGGGUUCAAGGACGGCGACACGGUUCUCGUUGUGUACAGGCCAAACGUACUGCUGUCGCCGCUCGUGACGGCCGAGAAUCGACCGGCGGUCGUGUUUGAGCCGCGACUUGUUGACGUCUUGAUGCAGCUCAUCCGUGAACACGACACGAAGGAGGCGUGGGAGCUCCUCAUGCGACUGCCAACGCCAGACUCGAUGGUCGACGCGAUUCGCACGCAUGCCGACGCGUGGACGACCCUGUUGUCGUCGCACCGUGGCGAUACGACUGCUGGUGGCGGUGUGUCGGUAACUCAGCUGCUCUACCGCGUCCAAGUCCUGGAAAACUUGAUCAACGAUCACGAUGGCACGGCGAUGCUGACGACGUUUAUCACGACGGACGGCCCAGCGUGCAUUGUCGACCUCCUCCUUCGCUACUCGUCGCCGAUGGACGCGGCGGAGCCGUCGCAAUUCGUCAAGUACCUCCUCAAAGAAGUCACGAUGGUGUGUCUGCGCCUCCUCAUCACGUUCUUGGGCCACUCGUCGACAUACAAAGAUUUUGUCGUGCCCAAAACCCACGAAUUCGACCCGGAACAUGUCAAUAUGGACAUUCCGCUCGUGUUGGAGCUCGUCCUGAGUCCGUAUCGCGACCCAAAAGCGAGUCCAUUUGUCCGUGGCGCUUCCAGCACCGCCAUUCACGAUGCCACCGACGACGACGAGGCCAAAAUGUCCAGGCAAUCGGUCCAUGACCAUGUGGAAUCGCUCGUCCAGAGCAUGAAUUACCCCGCGCUCCACGCGGCAUGCAGCUAUCUCCUCCUCGACGCGCUUCAGGAAGACAUGUUGUCGGAGGUAGCAACGAUCGAAGCGGGUUUGCGCAUGUACCUGAUCUGUGCGUCGUAUUCGCCGCUCUUCCGCACACUCCCCGCGGACGUUGUGCGGCGAAUGUUGACGAGCUCGAGUCGCCGCAUUCGUCACCUUGUCACCCAUGCUUUGCUCGUGCUCACGCUUCGUGACGACGAUUCGAUGGAGCUCGAUCCGGUGCGAUGUGGCGCUGUCGCGCAGCAGCUCUUGGCGCUGGCAGAGUCGCCGUUGACCGGCCCCCUUCCGCUGCAGUACUAUACGCUCUUGGGUUUGUUUUUGUUCACGUCCAAGGCCCACGAGGCGCCGCAAACGCUUUUGGACUUGCACCUGCACUUGCUCAGCCAAACGCGACCGCAGUCUUCGUCGUCAUUCUUGACGGACUCGUCCACGCACCUCUUUUCGAGCGACGUGCAAGAACCUGUCCUCGGCCUCUUGUUUGUGUUGCGCUGUCUUGUUGCGGGCUUUCCCGAGCUCCAAACGUUCCAGCCGAACCUGCUCAUCCAAGUUUGGUCGCAUUGCUUGAUGUCGUACCCGCCGUCGUCUUCUUCGCCGGGCGUUCAUGGGGCGGCAUCGUGGCAACCUCGGUGCACGUCCGCAACAAGUCGCCAAGGCGCGUUUCGCCUCCUCGUCGACUUGGCCACGUACCCGUCGCUGACGGCGGACGUGACCAACGGCAACUUUGCGUUUGUGUUGCAGCAGCUUCCGCGCCUCGUGCAUGCCACGGGCAAGCGAUUCUUUGACGACUGGGAGUGGAGCUGGGACCCGCAUGCCCAGAUGAAACCUGUGGGCAACUACGUCGGCCUGCGCAAUCUCGGGUGCACGUGCUACUUGAAUUCGACGCUUCAACAGCUUGCGAUGACGCCCCGCAUCCGCGCGGCCGUGCUCGGCAUGACGGUCCACGACUCCGACCCGCCCGUGUUCAAGCAGAUCCAGCGCGUCUUUGCGUAUCUCCAGGAAAGCCAGCAAAAGAGUGUCGACCCCAAGCACUUGAUUGCGUGCCUCACGGACGAAGCCGGUGGGCCGUUGAACGUGAUGCUCCAGCAAGACGCCGAGGAGUUUCUCACCAAGUUUUGCGACGGGUUGUCCGAGUUUUUGAAAAAGGCGGCGUGCCCGCCACUGUUUGGCGGGACCGUGUGCACGCAACUGGUGUGCCAAGGGGGCUGCCACACAAUUCGCGAAACUGCAGCCACGUCGUUUGUGUGCAUGACCGUCGAGGUCAAAGGGUACGAUUCGCUCGUCCAGUCGCUCAAGCAAUGGUCGGAAGGGGAGGUCUUGAGCGGCGUCAAUUGCGACGCGUGCGGGUCAAAGCAGGACACGAUGAAGCGCGACUGCAUGGACAGCCUGCCCCACACGCUCUUGCUGCACCUCAAGCGCUUCGACCUCAACUUUGACACGUUCUUGCGUGAAAAAGUCAACGACGAGUUUAGCUUUCCACUGACACUCGACAUGUUUCCGUACACCAAGGCGGGGCUGCUGCAACGCAGCCAAGAGAACGGUGGCGGACGGGUCGCCCCCGGCGACGCAACGUACCACUUGGUCGGGUGUGUCGUCCACAUGGGCAGCACCGAAUCGGGCCACUACUACUCGCUCGUCCAAGAUCGAUCAAACGGGGCAUGGAUCGAGUUCAACGACGAGCACGUGAGCUCGUUUGAUCUCAAGCACCUCGAAGCCGAGUGCUUUGGCGGCGCCGACCGCAGCACCCCCGACCAGUUUGGAUCGGCGACCCACCUGAACACCAAGAGCGCCUACAUUUUGGUCUACGAGCGGCGCGACGACUCGACGGUGCCGGUGGUCGCGGUCCCGUCGGCUGUGAUGGCCGACCUGGCCGUGGAAAAUCAAGCGUUUGUCCAAGCGUGUUAUGCGCACGAACAAGAAUUUCUCUCGUUCGUGUGCACGCUGCUCGAGCACCUUGCUGUCGAGACAACGCGCGAGUGGAAUCCCGACAUGCUUCAUUGGACAUUUCUCGACUCGGCGGUCCACUGCAUUCCUCUGUACGCACGCGCAUUCACGGCGUCGCCGCUCCCGCUCGUGCCGCUCUUGAUCAAACACAUCACGUGCCCGACGUUUGCCACGACUGUCCUGGGGCACUUUGUCCAGCACGUGUCUCUGCUGCUUGACCUGCUCCUCCACUGCACGAAAACUCCCGUUCGCGCCGACUUUUCCGCGCUGCUUCUGCACCUGUGUCAACUCGUCAUGGAACGCGACCUCGCGGCACUGGACGCCGACCUCGUCGCCCGCGACACUAACACGGACACGGCCGUGUCCACGUCGCUCCUUGCACGCCUUGUCGACACGAUGCACAUGUUUGCCAUGAUGGAUGACGUUGUCGGCCACUGGCGCCACAUGCAAGAGUGGAUGGCGCUGCUCCAUGGCCUCGCCCAGCUCCAUCCGACACUCCGCGACCUGCUCCGGUCCCGCAAGUGCGGCAUGUACUUGCUCGAUAUGUACUUGGGCGACGUGAGUCCCCUCAUGGGCAAACAGUACACGGCAUACUCUCGCAAGCGGUUGCCUAAAGUCCUGCCGCCGUCGGCGCUCGUCCUGCCGUUGACGAUUGUCGCGCUGCUGUACCACGACCAGGUGCACACGGCCGUGGACAUCGACACCCGGUCGUGUCUGCUGCUCAAGCCCCUGUACGUCAAAAUGUUUGACCAUGCCGACCACGCAAAAGCGUUGAGCAGACUCCUCGUCCACUGGAGUCGCGACUGGGAAGCGUACACGAUGUCCGUGAUCAGCGUCGUUGGCGACGUCGUCGGCGGCCUGAACCCGUAUAGCACGACGCUGUCGGGGCUCGUGUAUGUCUUGGAUGGGUUUUUAAGCCUCCGCGACUCGCUGCAACCCAUGCGCAUGGAGCAGUGGUUUGACGCCAUGUCCAGGCACAUGGAAAUCCUCAAAAGCGCCCAAGCGCAAGCCCAGAUUGUGGGGGUCAUGCUGUUGCUGGGCACACGCCACCCUCAAGUCGACGCGUGCUUGGUGUCGCACUUGGAUACGUGGGGCCCUUGUGCUGGAUCCGUUGUGGGGCUCAUGGCCAAGCAGCCUUGGUCGCUCGUGGUCGAGCUGGCGGACCAGACGAAUGUCGAAUGGUCCCAUGGACGAAGCUUGGAGCGGAUGACGGAACUUCUGUUGGAAAAUGGCCGUGGAUUGGAGUGGCUCGAGGUGCAAGACGAAGCGGCCGAGUCGUUCGACGAUGCCGACCCGACGGCGUACAUGUGGGACCCCACAUUAGAUUGAGUGCCAGCUCGGUGAAUAUGAUUGCAUUUUCACGUUCAUGUGGGCAACGGCG